AUGGCCACUACCGCAAGUGCGCCCGCGAGUGCCGCGCUGGCGGACCUGCCGCUGGAACAGCUGAGCCUUUACCAUGUCGUCGAUUCCUGCCUUUCCUCUAUCCUUGUCUUCCACGGCCCCGUCGCGACCGCCAAUGCUACCGUGAGCAGCUCGCGCAUUCAAGCCCAUAUCUUCACGCCGGCUGGCUUCCAAAGCUACCCUCGAAUUACAGUCUCCCCUGCGGCGCCAUUGUAUGCUGCGGUCAACCACCUACCACGCGAAAAACAAGGCGAUGAAGUGUGCCGCGGGCUCGCAGUCAGCAUGCUGAAAUAUUUCGCUGAGCUGUCUGACCCGGUCAAGAAUCGAUUGAUAGAUACGGCUCGUACGGGACGACCAGGAGCCAAGGCUCCAAAGAUGUUUGAUGAGAUACACGCAGCAGACUUGGCCAACCGGAUGACCAAGGUCGACGACUCAACGGAGAUUGUACGGGACACUCGCAGUGCCUACCAGGAGCGCAAGGUUCCUUGGAUUGAUGUGGAUGUGGUGUUUCCGGCUGGUGCGAUCCGAGCUACCCAGCGGCGCGGCAGCGCGGACUCGGACAUUGAGGAUAAUCAAAACCUCCAAUAUGGUCUGUAUACACCACUCAUACAGGCAUUGGGGGACCCAAUGUUCUUGCCGACAUCGCGAUUAAAACGUGCACCCUCACAGCCGACCAACGUAAGUCGAUCGCGAGUGUUUGCGCGGAGCCAAAAGGAGGCCCUUCGCCUGACCAUGUGCGAACUUGUGGAUACCGAGGAGAGAUACGUCUCGAAGCUCUACACCCUGGUUCACGAAGUCGCAGAUGAGUUCCGACGCAAGGCUCAAGGGAGAGCGCCUUCAAGCACCAGCCCCGACGAGACCGCCCUGACAGCACUGUUUCCACCGUGCCUAAAUGAGAUCUUGGAAGUCAACCUGGGAUUCUUGGAUGUCAUCCGCCAAGUGCUUGACGAGACAGAAAAAGAUGCCAUCGCGGAUAUCAGCCAAGACACUGAGCUUCCUUUAUCUAGAUCAUACCAGAAUCUUUCCAAGGAUAACCAGGAUGCGAUUGGUGCUGUUACUUUUGCCAAGGCCCUUCUUGAAUGGCUUCCACAGUUCUCACAGCCCUACGCGGAUUAUAUGGGUGCGCAUACCGGGUUUACUCAGACGCUGAAUUCCUUCAUGAAAGACAAAAGUUCCAGUUUCUCGAGGAGAGUCUACGAGACUGGGGAGCAGCGACUGCGAUCCCUGCUUAUGGAGCCCGUCCAGCGACUUCCUCGGUAUAGUCUCUUGAUUGAUACCAUGACCGGGAGCUUGCCCAUGGUUCACCCUGCUGUGCGACCUUUGCUGAAAGCACGCGACAUUGUCAAGGAUAUCUGCGCAUUGGAUAAUUCUUCUCCGUCCAGCCAUGCCCAGACUCUUCAACGACUGAGAGAUCUUGUUGAUGGAUGGCCAGCCAAGACAUUUCCAGAAGGACGCUUGAUUACAGCCGUGGAUUUCAACGAGGCCGUGCUACCUUACCACCUUGACAACCAGACACCUGGUCCUGGAACGGGGAUUCUGCUACUUUACAAAAACUGCCUCGUGCUGCUGGCUAAACCAGCGGAAAGCCGUACCACGGCCCGUGGGUUGUUGGCCGACAUCGAUAAUGCGGCUUCCUCAACCAGUGAUAUGUCCAUGUCCCUACCUCCAUCAGAGCUCAGGGUUGCGCAGGUCCUGGAGCUGCACACCGCACGUUAUACGCAGUCAACAUGCGGCCGAAUCCUGUUUAUUGUGCCGAUGUCCACAAAACCCAAAGAUCAGAACAGCGCUACCGAUCUGCUUGCAUUACAAUUGACUGUGAUGUAUGAAGGGAAAGCGUCUCGGCUGAUUGAGGAAAUUUCCAAGGCAAAAAUCGAAGGUCGAUUCUCCGAACAAGAACGAGAAGGUGGUAAAUGGACACUUCGGAGCCCUACUGGAAUGGCAGGCAAUACUGGGAUUCUGGCUUGCGUGUGCGAGGAAGGUCAGAGUGCUGCUCUAAAACAGGCCCAGUCUUCACCGAUACGGAUUGUAUUCGAUACUCCAAAAGCGGCAUGUACUCAGAUGCUGAACGGCACUGACCUGGAGGUCGUCGUCUCGAUAUCUCCUCCAAAUGCGGACCAAUACAGGAUAGAUGUUGACUCUGUUAUUGGUCCUGCAUCCACCGAUUUGGUUUCAGUGGAUAGCUUUCUCUCAACGCUUUCCAGACGUCUCCAAAACUUGCUCUUGCCUUUGCACAGUCCUCGAAACCCGAAACUGACGGAGCCCUUGAUUCACUCCAACUUUGAAAUACUUCGUUACAUUGCGAGUAACUUGAUCACACACGUCAAGGCGUCGCGUGGUUUCCGGCCUCCAUCACCGACAAAAUUGAUUUCCAACUUGUUAGGGGGUAGCCGCGAUAGUGUCCCGACUAUCAAAGCCCCCAGCUCAGCCACGCUUCUGGGUGAAUUCCCAAAGAUGCCUCCGCCAAGGCCAACCCAUUCGAGAGCCAACACGCUCCCUUCCACAUUUCCUGGUAAAGAGAAAGAUCAAGAAAGAGAAAACGAGGAAACUUCCAAUAGAAUCUCGGUGGUCGGGGCGCCGGCUGCCAAGGGCCCGGAUGGACAGAUCGGGUCGCUGGAGCAAACCUUUGCAGCUUAUGUGCUGUCUCUACAGUCUCGAAGUGGAAACAUCUUGGGGCGCAUGCUUCGUGUCAGAGACAAUGUAGACCGAGCACCGGUCAAUGAGCUUUACAAUGUCUUGCUGGAAGAUCCCGCAAAGAUACAGGCUGCCGCCGAGGUACCGGUCGAUACGCUUUUUGUGGCCUUCGAAACCUUCAUGGCAAAUGCAUGGAAGACGAGUAUGGGACCUGUUUUGGAUUCUUCGUCUUUGCGUUUGCUACAGAGCCAGUUUGACACUAUGCUCCCCCGCGACUUUGAUGAGCACUUUCGAAAGUUCCUCGCGGACACCAGCCCACAGAAUCGCCGUGCGUUGGCCGCCAUGAUUCGCUUACUGGCCGAGCUGCUAGAUGCAUCGGGCAAUGAUGGGGACCGAGGUGCUUUGACCAUGGCCUUUGCGGAGGUUCUCACGGAAGAAGGGGAUCCUGUGCAACAUGUGUCUCUACUGGACCGGCUUGUUGACGACUUUGACGGCCUUUUCGAGGAAUACAUACCCAGCGGUGCCUCGGUAGAAGGUACAUUGAGUUGCGACCAGACCAAGACACCACAAACGAACACUGGCUCUAUGAGCUCCAACAACUCUUCGUUCCGCAAACGCUUUGGCUUUGGCUCGCACAAGGAGAGCUCGAAGAAUGAUGGAGAAAGCAAAGUCGCGUCGAUUUUGCGGACCUUGAGCAAGAGGCAAAGCCCGACUGAUUCUGAACCCAGCACGCCAAAGGGCUCUCUAAUACGCUCUAAAUCCACCGACGUGGAUGCUCGUUUGGGCCUUCUGCGGCCCUCGUCUCGUGAUCGCCCGUUCGGGUUUGCGUCGGAAGAGCAGAUUUCGAGACCAGGCACUGGCUAUGGGCAGCCACCGUCUCUAUCCUCUAUCCGCGGGAUAUCUCAAGAUGGCGUGGUGAAGAUUCGCAGAAAGCGGAGGAGCUCUCUGUCUGAUCUACGGCCUCCCACCGCGUCUUCCGAUGCAUCGAAUGCCUCCCCGACUCAUCCACUACGCCCAGUGACACCCUCCAGCCGCCCUGGCGUGGAGGCAACAACCCCGACAAGACAGGCCCGUCCCCAAAGUAGCUACAUGGCAUCGCCUCCUCAGAGUACAUCACCGGAUAAAGGUGGUUCACCAGUGCGACUGGGAUCGCCAAUCCGCAGAACAUCGCCUACGCGCCCCUGCACACCAAGCAGGAAAGAGAAUAUUGAUCCCAAAAUACCGCAGACAGAGCGAACGACCAAGACUAAAGUCGAUCGAGCCGAGUCACCAGCCCAGGAAACAAAGAGACGAUCUCGCGCGACCAGUAUCCCUUCGCGCACUACGGGUCUUCGAGAGCGUCCCAUGAUCAAUGGCUCGGAUGGUAGGCGGCCGCAAUCCUCAUCCUCGUCCUCGCCGCAGAAAUCGCAGAAAUUGCGGAUGCAAAGUCCACAGAAGCUUCGUGAUCGUGUUCUACACGAGAAAAGAUCUCAAGCCAUUACGCAGCUGGGGAUGCGAGAUGAGAUGGGAUCGCUUGGUGACGAACUGCGUGCCUUGAAGCUUGCGCCAACCCUGCACAAAACAGCGCAGUUGAACGGAGACCACACAAACCCACAGCUAUCUCCCGCCACUACCGCUUCCCUCGAAGCCCGCAUGCGGAAUCUGGAGUCACGGUUUGACCUGCUUACGGGCGAAUACAACGGCCGCACAUCUGCGAUAGAAAGAGACUUGGAGACCUCUUUGAUCGUGAGCGAGAAACGCGUGAAGAAGCUCGACGAGCUUUACCGUGAGGCUAGUGCCGAAAAUGAAGCGCUUUAUGAUCGGUUCAACUCGGAGCUCAGCAAGAUUGCCAAGGAUGUCCGAACGGGCGGCGCUGAAGAAGCGUUACGCUCUCAGUUGACAGAUGCGCUGGACGAGGUCGCCCGGGUCAAGAAGGAAAACUUCCGGCUGAGGCGAGAAAUCGGCGGCCUCCGCGCGCAGUCGGCUGCAGCCGCGCUUUUGAAAGCAAGUGAGCCAUGA